AUGCGAUUGUAUCGCUUCGUACUCGUGAGGCUAUUGGUGCUUGCCCUGGUCGUUGCAACCUGGAGCGCGCGUACUGUUAAAAAAGCGCGGGCUCUCUACCAGCUCUGUAUAGUAUUGGCGGUUCAAGUGCUAAACUGGAGCUUCUGUACGAAAAUCAGACUGCGUGACGGGGCGUCUUCUCGUUCAAAUUGCAGCAGUUUCGCUUCUGCGGAACAAGUGCAGAGGAUUUCGUUGGAGUUUUUCCUCGUGACCUUUCCUGGGCCGAUGAAUGCCAACAAUCAAAGUUCCGAUUCCGUUGAAGAUGUUGAAGAAGUGGUUGAUUUCUCUUCGACAGACUUUGAACUUGAAGACUCUAGUGCAGGUCAGUCGGGAGCGGGCAGUUACACAGACGUCACGGCCGCGCUGUACGGCCGGCAGAUCGGGGGUGAAAACCCCUACCGAUCGACUGGCGCUGCGUACAGAAGAUCGCAUGCACGAUCGCAUGCUGUUGAACAGAGCUCGCCUUUAGCUGGAGCGUCAGUAUCCCCGAAUCAUGUAACCGAAGAUGAGCUUCUGUCGCGCAUUCAGGAGCUCCAGUUCCAGCUCAUGGACCUUCGGGAGUCGGGGAAUCCACCGAGUGGCACAAACCGAACGCCGCUGAAUUUGGGGACACCAGCGGAGAGUACACCCGUCGCUGGUGAGCUGCAACAGACUGGUGUCACCGGUUCCGAUGACGCCGCCUCCGCUGCGUUGAGCAGAACGAUAUCGCUUCCCGCAUCGGCAGCAACACAGACCGUCAGGGAAACGAUCGCUGAGGGCCCCAGUCAGUUUUCGCAAGCCUCUGGUAGUCCAGCAGAUACCGAAUCGAGUGCUAUCCAGGCGUUUGGAGGAAGCGACGGCACGGCAGCGGCACUGGACGCAGCCGGCACCCAGGCUCGCGCCUCCACGGAGCACACUGGUUCCUGGCGCGUUAGUCGACGUGCGGCUUCGUUACCGCGAAACACACGCACCGAUAUGCACUCUGAAAUGCAAUCAGAGGAUGAGAGUAAGCCGAAGUUGAUCAUCGUGUCGAAUCGCUUACCGAUUACGAUGAAGCGUCGCAAUGAUGGGCAGUACGACUAUACCAUGAGCUCUGGGGGCCUCGUAUCGGCACUGGAGGGUGCGCUGGACCCGCGUGAGCUCCCAUUCAUUUGGGUUGGUUGGCCCGGAGGCGAAGUCGAUCCCGCAGACGAGACGCAGGUAUCCACGGAGCUGCUUCAUAGGUACGGUCUGGUGCCUGUAUUUUUGAGCGCAGAGCUUCACGAACUGUACUAUAAUGGAUUCUGCAACGAUGUGCUGUGGCCUCUAUUCCACUACGUUCCAUUGCAGGUUGUUUCCCAGGACGGAGAGCGCAAGUUCGAUUACAAGUAUUGGGCCGCGUACACGACAGCCAACCAGCGCUUUGCCGAAGCAAUCAUGUCGGUGUAUCGACGGGGCGACUCAGUCUGGGUUCAGGACUAUCACUUGAUGCUGCUCCCAGCACUGCUCCGACGAAAACUGCGUCACUCAACUCGAAUUGGUUUCUUUUUGCACACGCCGUUUCCCUCGAGCGAGGUCUACCGGAUUCUACCUGUCCGGCGGGAGAUUCUCGAGGGCGUCCUUGCGGCGGAUCUCAUUGGCUUUCACACCUUCGACUAUGCGCGCCAUUUCCUCUCAGUAUGUACGAGGAUCCUCGGACUGGAGUCGUCACACAAGGGCGUCGCCUUCCACGGUCAUUUUGCGCGGGUCGGCAUUUUCCCCAUCGGCAUUGAUCCGAACCUGUUUUUGCGAACGAUGGAGCUGGCGCUGGUCAAAGCCCGGAUCGAGGAACUGCGCAAUCGAUUUCGAGGGCAAAAAAUUCUCAUCGGGGUUGAUCGCUUGGACUACAUUAAGGGGGUACCGCACAAGCUGCUCGCUUUUGAAACCCUGCUCAAAAAGUACCCCGAAUGGCACGAGAAAGUGGUACUGGCCCAGAUCGCUGUCCCGUCUCGAAUUGAGGUCGAAGAGUACCGCAAGCUGAUCGCGUACACGAACGAGCUUGUGGGACGGAUUAACGGCAGGUUCGGCUCCGUGGAGUAUGCACCCAUCAUGUUUAUCAAUCAGAGCAUUCCUUUUGAGGAGCUGUGCGCCCUGUAUCACGUCGCUGAUGUUGCCGUUAUCACGUCGAUUCGCGACGGCAUGAACUUAGUUUCCUAUGAGUAUGUUAUGUGCCAGAGAGAGAAAUGUGGUGUUCUGAUUCUGAGCGAGUUUGCCGGCUCGGCACAGUCGCUUUCCGGUGCGAUUCGGGUGAAUCCAUGGAAUAUCGAGGAGCUUGCAGCCGCGAUGCAUGAGGCACUCACCAUGAGUGAUCGCGAGCGUGAAAUGAAGCACUGGAAGCUCUAUCGGUAUGUUACCACGCACACAGCGUCGUACUGGGCGCAGUCGUUUGUCUCCGAGUUGCAGCAGCUGCGCAGCACGCAGCAGCAACAACAGCAGCCAGAUAGCCAGCAGCUGCUGACUGUUCCGGAGUUCAUGCAACAAGUGGCUCGUGCUCAGCAUCGCUUGUUCAUUCUCGGUUACGAGGGAAGCAUCCAAGAACAACAAAGUGUCCCUGAGCUGGCGGCGCCAUCGCAAAUGCUCUGGCGCUUGCUGAUGCGUCUCUGUUCGGACGGAAAUAAUCGAGUCUAUUUGAUGAGCUCUAGGGAUCGCAGCCAUCUCAUGAGCUGGUUUGAGGAAGUCCGGGCCGGUGGAGAGCGCUCUGCGAACGCCACGCUCCUAUCCAUGGGCCUGAUCGCAGAGGAUGGACAGUUUUAUCGACACCCUGGGCGGCUAACUGAAUGGAAAGUCACCACGAGUGCAACCGAAGCAAAUGCGAGCGAGACCGAGCUCAAAUGGAAACACGAAAUCUUGCCUAUUUUGAACUAUUACACCGAACGAACACCGGGAAGCUUUCUCGAGAUCAAAGAGCGCUCUAUAUCCUGGCACUAUCGCGAUGCUGAUCCCGAUUACGGAGUCUGGCAGGCCCGUGAAUUGCAAGCCCAUCUCGUGGACUACUGUACCACCAUGCCGAUGGAGGUCAUUCACCAGGGUGGCAGCGCCAAGCGCAUUGACUUUCGAGCCAGCGGCGGUAGCCGGGCUGCUGCCGUAGCCCGAGUUCUGCAGGAUCUCGGAUCCUCGUGGCAUCUCGUUUUCUGCUUGGCCGCUGAUACACGGGAUGAUAACGAAGUGUACACGCUGCUUCGCGGUUAUCGACGCGACACUGGCGAUCGUAUCGCGUGGACGUGUAGCGUCGGAUCCGGGGUGGUGACUGCGGGGAGCUCCGCGCCCACCAGCGCCGAGUUCUUCCUACCCGACAUUGGACACGCCAGACAUGUCCUCCGCGAGAUUGUCGGCUUAACAGUGACCUCAAGUAAGAGUCGCUCUCGCGAAACCGAACGACGGAGGCGUUCAGGCAGUGGCACCCAAAUCCUUGCUGCCGACUGA